UUUGCAGCAUAUCAAACAAGUGCCCCAAGUCAUCAGCCGUGCUAACAAUAGAACUAAUCAAUGCACGCAUAUAGAGCACCAAUUUAUAUUCUGUGCUAAGUAUGCGGCAGCAAUCAACAAAUGCUGGACGCACAAAAUGAGGCAUAUCAGCGAGCAAAUAAUAUCGCCAACAACAAUGCCAGGGGCAACAAUAACAAAGCACACAACAAUGGGAACAACAAUGAGCAUCACUUAAGCAAAUAGAAAAUCAACACGAAAUCAACACAAAUAGCUGUGAAAUUUACUGUCAACAUUUGUUGCCAUAGCACAGGCGCGGAGCCACAUAUAGAGAAAAUAAUAGGGCAGAGAGAGAUAUACAUAGAGACAGAGACAGACAGAGGAGAGAGAAAACAAAAGCGUGAGAAUCGACAAACAAAGGGACUAGACAAGUAAACUCCAUUUCCAAUGGGCGGCAAGCAUGGAGCCAGCGGUAGUUCCGGAGGAGGCGGUGGAGGUGGAGCUCCCGGAGGCGGUGGCAGCCUCAACUCGAGCAUCUGCAACUCGGUGCUAACAAAUGCAACCGCAGCGAGCAACAGUCUGAGCCAGCAACAGCAGCAGCUUCAGGCUAAGUACAUCAAGUCGAAGCGCCAUCAGAGUCGAUAUACGAAUCUGCAGAAUUCUGGCCACGACUCCAGCAGCUAUCUACAUCUGAAUUCGCUCUGGUCGAUCUGGUAUGGCGUACUGCUGACACUCUUUCAAGGAUAUUUGGCUAUGCAUGGCGCCUACAGGUUCCUCGGCUGUUCGUUAAUACCCUGGAAAAUCGAGCCCGUUGGAGAGCUUAAUCUGCAAAUUGUACUCUCCGGUGUAGUAUUUAUUCUGCUGCCCAUAUUUUUUACUUCGGCCGUAUUUAAGGUAAGUUCUUCUUUUAAAUAAAGGGGGGUUUAACUU